AUGUUCAGAAGGGUAGAUGAAGUAGUGAAAGAUACUGAAGGUAUUUUGAAGAAAUUUAAAAAAAAAAAUAACUAUCAGGUUAUUCCAGAGAAGGAUGACUCCCAACCAGAAGGACAUUCAAGAAAAGACGUUUCUCCUCUGGAUGAUGGAAAUGGUGAGAAAGGUGAAGAGGAUGUUAAUACCGAAGAAUCUGCAAAGGAGAAGGAUGAAGAGAAAACAAAUGAAUCUUCGACAACCAUGAAAAAAACCAUUGUUCCUGAUAAAAGAAAGCAAAUUGCAUUUGAGGAUGAUCUUUCUCAUGGUCCGAUCAAGGCCAGUGAGAACCUACUCAAGUUUGCAUUAGAAGAGAAAGAGGUGAUAUCUUUGGCAACUGUAGUUUUGGAGAAAUUUUUGCCUAACCUUAAGCAUAUUUCCAAUGACUUAUGCUCUAGUAAGCUUAAGGAUAUGUUAAAUAAAGUAGAAUAUAAUUUUGUAUCAUUAGAAAAAGUUGCAGAUAUAAAGGUUUUGAAUAAGUUCAAUGAGAUGAGGCUUCAAACCUAUUUAAAAACAAUUGAGGCUGAUAGGAAAAUUUUGAAGUCUGCGAUGAAAAGUAUAGAAGAUGCAUUAGAUGAAGGUGACAAAAUAUUUAAAUCAUGUCUCUUUUUUCCCAAGUUUACUACAAAUAUUGAUAAGAAAAUAAGAGAUCUUGAAGGUAAACUGGCCAAUAUUGGUCAUUCAUUUGCCCCUUAUUCAGUUUUUCCAAGUUCCCUUGAAGCUCAAAUAAUGGAUCUCAUUGACAAAAUAAAGGGCUUGAAUAAGGAAAAAGAGAAAGUGUUAAGCAGAGUGGGAGAACUGAGAAGUUUGAUCACUCCUCGGAUGGACACCUUACUUGGAGCUCAGAAGGAUGCAGUCAGUGCUUUAGGUAAACCGGUGCCAUCAGAUUUCAAAGGUGUUGAAGUUAAUAUGGAUCCUAUUGAUAUGGCAGGAGAAUACUAUUUGGAUGAAGAGUUGAAGACAACCCUUGAAGAUCUUGAGAGUGUGGAAUCUAAGAAUGAAAAAAUGAAAGAGAAUGUCAAGGUAGUGAAUGAAUGUCUCAAGAAAAUGAGAGAUCAGAUUCAGAAGUUCAAAGCUAGGCAUCGAGAAGUUAAUAAAGAGUUGAAACAAGAAAAUGAGACUAUUGUGAGUUUGAAACUACAGGUCAAAGAAAGAAAGAAAGAAAGUGGAAGAAAGUCUAAAGGAUAUAAUCAAUCAAAAGAUAGAAGAAUUUGGAAAACUAGAACAAGAAAUCAUGAAGCUGAUGUCAAAAGAAAAAGUCAUUGA